AGCUCUCGUUCUCCCUCAACAAGCAGAAGGCAGCCGCGACGCCUGCACCUGCGCCCUCACUGAAGAGACCAGCGGCCUUUGACGAAGAUGACACGAACGAUGUUGCUGCGUCUACAACCACGGCGACAGAUAACAAAAAGGUCGUGGCGCAGGGAGUGAAGGGAAAGGCCAAGGGGACUGAAGCUCAGCAGAUGUUUGCGAAGAGUGUUGAGUCGCGCGCGGCAAAGCGACGCCGAGAGGAAGCGAUGGCGGUCGACGAAACCGUGUACGAGUAUGACGAAGUGUACGACAAGAUGCAGGCGGCGAAGCAGCGCGCGAAGGAGGCCAAGGAGGCUGACGCGAAGGAGAGGAAGCCAAAAUACAUCGAAGGCUUACUGACCACUGCGGCGACGCGACGUUUGGAUCACUUGCGGGCAGAGGAAAAGAUGAUGCAGCGCGAGCGCGAACGAGAGGGGGACGAGUUCGCAGACAAGGAGGCAUUCGUGACGCAGGCGUACAAGGACCAGAUGGAAGAGGUCAGGCGCGCGGAAGAGGAGGAGCGCAAACGAGAAGAGGAGCUUAAGAAGAAGGGCGGCUCAUCAACAGGCAUGGCCCACUUUUAUCGCAAGCUGCUGGAGGAGAGCGAGACCGACCACUCCGCCGCUGUCGCCGCCACACAGAAGCGCACCAUUGGCCCCACGAUGCCUCAGAACCUCACCAUCACCAAGCCCCCAGAAGUCACUGGGGCCGCCGCCGACCCCGUCGAUGCACCAAAACCCGCCUCGGAUGUCGAGCUUGCGCAGCGCGCUUUGCAAGAGGGCAAGCAUGUCGAGCUCAACGACGACAACCAGAUCGUCGACAAGCGCGAGCUGCUCUCCGCCGGACUCAACCUGCGCGGGACGAACACGCGGCGACUGGGGCAGCAGAGCGGGGGCGACAAGCCAAAGGAUGGCGAACAUGCACCCGUACACACGGCGGUCGGUGCUGCGGCGAGCCGCAAGGAGAUCGAGGAGCGGCGACGGAGGGAGAUUCAGCAGCAGCUACGGGAGGAGGAAGAAAGACGGAAGAAGGAGAUGGAGGAAGAGGAGCGUGCACGGAUGGCGCGCAUGGUGGCGAAGAGGAAUACGGAGCAGGAUGUGAUGAGUGCGAGGGAGCGAUAUCUGGCGCGGAAGAGGCAGAGGGAGGAAGAAGCGAAGCGGGAGGCGGAGGGUGCGUCGUGAACAUACGUUUAUGUUUGGCCCUCCUCGUUUCCCUUGUAUCUCACUAUAUCUAAAUUUGCUGCUCGGUUUGUCCUCCCAGGGUACGAUUAGGCGCCCAUGAGCGAUUUCCGG